AUGGGACCAGUCUCUUUUCUUCCCGAAUAUCAGAAAUUAAGCGCUUGGAAAGGAGAUUUGGCCAAGAUGACCCAUUUACAGGCUGGACUCAGCCCAGAGACUAUAGAGAAAGCUCGCCUAGAACUGAAUGAAAACCCAGACGUUUUACACCAGGAUAUUCAGCAAGUCAGGGACAUGAUCAUCACCAGGCCUGACAUUGGAUUUUUACGCACAGAUGAUGCCUUCAUCCUGAGAUUCCUCCGAGCCAGGAAGUUUCACCAAGCAGAUGCCUUUAGACUCCUGGCCCAGUACUUCCAGUACCGCCAGCUAAACCUGGACAUGUUCAAAAACUUCAAGGCUGAUGAUCCUGGCAUUAAGAGGGCCCUCAUCGAUGGCUUCCCUGGAGUGCUGGAAAACCGCGAUCACUAUGGCAGGAAGAUUCUUCUGCUGUUUGCAGCCAAUUGGGAUCAGAGUAGGAACUCCUUCACAGACAUCCUCCGGGCCAUCCUGCUGUCAUUGGAAGUCCUUAUUGAAGAUCCGGAGCUCCAGAUAAAUGGUUUCAUUUUAAUUAUAGACUGGAGUAAUUUUUCCUUCAAACAAGCCUCCAAACUGACACCAUCAAUCCUCAAACUGGCCAUUGAAGGGUUGCAGGACAGCUUUCCUGCCCGCUUCGGAGGAGUCCAUUUUGUCAACCAGCCCUGGUACAUUCAUGCCCUGUAUACGCUCAUCAAGCCAUUCCUUAAAGACAAGACCAGGAAACGGAUUUUCCUGCAUGGAAACAACUUAAACAGCCUCCACCAGCUAAUACACCCUGAAUUUUUGCCGUCUGAAUUUGGAGGAACCCUUCCUCCUUAUGACAUGGGAACCUGGGCCCGGACGUUACUCGGCCCUGACUACAGCGAUGAAAAUGACUACACUCACACCUCCUAUAACGCAAUGCACGUGAAGCACACAUCCUCCAAUCUGGAGAGAGAGUGCUCACCCAAGCCCAUGAAAAGAUCUCAGUCUGUGGUAGAAGCUGGGACCCUGAAACAUGAGGACAAGGGAGAGAAUGAGAACACUCAGCCACUCCUGGCUCUGGACUGAACCCUGAGCCACCCUGUGCUCCGGACAUCGCCAGCCCUCAG